AUGAGAAAAGAUGUCAAAUCGUUUAAUCCCUGGUGGAAUCAAAAGUUGCAAGUUCUCAAAGAAAAUUGUAUUAAACUCCACCACAAACUCAACUGGUUAAGCAAGAACCACAAACCCGUCAAUGCAGCUGCAGUGUUACAUGCAGAAGCCAAACGUCAAUACGCCAAAGCAUUAAGGGAAGCAUCUGUAAACAAUUUUCGGGAAUUCUGCACCAACCAGGGCAAAGAAGAUGUAUGGUCCAUUACAAAUCGUAUCAUAAAGGAUGCGCAACUGCAACGGCCGCCGACAACUCUACAUGAAGAUGGAUAUUUACCCAAGGCAUGGAAAGAGGCUUACGUAAAAAUUCUGCCAAAACCGAAAAAAGAAGCUGGUGACCUAUCAUCUUAUCGACCAAUAGGUCUAAUACCCGUCUUUGGAAAACUCUUGGAAAAGCGGUUUAUUGGGCGCCUAUCGUAUCACGCUGAGCGCAACCAUUUAUGGUUAUCUAAGCAAUAUGGUUUUAAGCAGCACACGUCAACCACUGAUGCACUUUACAAUGCUAUCCAAAAUAUCAAAGAUAAAAAACGACAAUACGUGUGCUCGUGGGGCGAUAUUUUACGCGAUUUUCAUCGAUUGUUAGACGGGGAGGCGCGAGAAUGGUACUGGCUUUACAUUCGAUCUCACGGUAAGGUCGACUGGCCAAGUCUACAGUUUGCGCUAAAGCGCCAGUUCGCAUCGCAACGCACCGAUUUCGAAAUCCUGAGGGAGUUGACGGAGCGAAAACAAAGACCAGGUGAAGCUAUCGACGAAUAUUUCCAUGUGGUAGGUACACUGCGCUCGCGUCUCAGGAACCCGAUCCCUGAAUACGAAAUAAUAAGAUUAGUAAAGGGCAACUUACGCGAAUCUCUUGCCAAAAUAGUCUACCCGAUUUCCGCAUACUCACUCGAACAGCUAAGGCUAGAAUGCAAAGAAGUGGAACGUUGUUUUUCGCGCCGAGAACGCAUGCUGUCAAGUGGCUUCGGACAACGCGCACAACAGGUUAACGAGAUUAGCUCCAUCGAAGAUGAAGAGCGGUUUACUCCCGGUGAUGAGGGUCAAGUCACCGUGGAGGAAAUACGCCAUCAACGCUCAGCUAAACAGCCAGCUGGCCGUAGACAUUUUUCGUGCUGGAAUUGUGGUGCUGAAGGCCACGUUUUCACCGAAUGUAUGUCGCUACAACGUCGAAUUUUUUGUUUUAAAUGCGGAAAGUCGGACGUCAUAACACCUAAGUGUCCAUCUUGCAAUCCAGCGGGAAACGCAGUGCGGAACGCUAUUACGACGGGGGAAUCGCGCUCCACACAGACCCCGCACGAGUAGAUGCCUCAACGAAUACAGAA